AUGAAGCACAAUUCUCCUUCUUGGGCGUUGAGCAUCUUCGUAACCUGGGACAAGAACCGCGAGGCAUGUCUGCAGGCGUUCAGCGAUGAAGCUCUCAGCCGCAUCGGCUCAAGUGAUGUGUCUCAAGGGUACCUGCUCUACCUCGAGAAGGUGAAGGACGUCUUCAUUGAGCCAUUCAGACUCAAUGACAAGGUUACUAGCGUGCAACUGAAGGCUCUGCAGGAGUUUCCUCAGAGCGCAUCUUCAAGCGGGCCGAUCACAGUCCUGCAGGAGCCACGAUUUGAUAUUUAUGUCUCGAACUAUCUUCAAAGCCUUGAAUACACCCUGGAUCGCACAUGCUUUAGCAUUGAUUCUUCUAAGAUAUGGCUCAAAUACUACAAGGUCAUUACAGCUCUAGCUGGCUGUCCUUGGAGGCACCAGAGCUCCUGCAUUGCUCUCCGAAAAGAUCUGCUUCAGUGCAUUUGUAAGCGGAUCGUCUUGGAUAAUCCGACACUCUUCACUGACCUGUUCCAGGAUAGGGUCUCGGCCGAACUGGGACAGCCUCUGAGUGGCGUGGAGCUAUACAACGCGUACAAUAAGGUCUUGAGCAUGGCCGUCAACUGUGAGCAGGUCCACGCUUCCUCGUUAUAUUCUUUAACCGAUAUGUUUCGGGUCUUGUUGCAUAGAGAGGACAAGGCACCGAGAAGUAGCAGAGUUCAAGGGAACCACCCUCUCGGUGUCUACCAAGCAUUUAUCGCUUUAUUCGACGAGACUACCAGCUUCUGCGCCACCAAUGAUAUCUCAGACAGAAUCACAGGCAGGUUUCUAUACACACUGUACGAAUCUGCUCUUUAUUACCUAGGCAGGUUUCUUCCAGCCAUCUACCUCGACAUAGCUAUCCGUAUUUCUGGGCAGAUUGUUUCCCCAUCAAUUAUUCAGGAGCUAUUCCAGCGUAGUGCGGCAGAGAUUAUCUUCGAGCGUCCAGUCCAAAUCAAGAAGCCAUUUGAAGACGCUGCAGACCUUGCGUGCAACAUCCUGCAGCGCGGAGUCGCCAUGCACCCAAAGGUAACCCUUUUGUAUGUGAGUCUAAUGGAGCUGUUGCGGCAUCGCUCUUUAGAACACUAUGGUUCGGCUGUCAUUGCUCAGCUUUACGACGAGUUGCUUCAGAAAGAUGUGGACGCGUGUUGUGAUAUCACACAAGAAGCAUUUGUGGCAACCAAAUAUAUUCUUCGUUACACCCUUGAAACAUCAGGUAUUACUGCUAUGAUAUCUCAGGUACAAUUUAUUUUGGAGCGCCAGAUUGUUUUUAAUACUGAGCUGUGGGACGCAGUGCUCUACAUCAUUUGCUCCUACCUUGGGGAUGCACAGGCUUUUUUGGCAUUAACGUCGCAUUAUGAUAUACUAGGAAUGCCGCUCAUAGAUUGCAUCCUGAAAGAUGUAUAUCGCUCAGUUUCACUUCUACAAUUCCUUUGGCAUACUGCGCACGCGUUUCUCAAGAAGGAGCUCCAGCUGGAUUGCUAUUUUAGAAGCCUGUGCAAUGAGCACAAUGUGUUCUCCUUCUGCUAUCAUGCCUUGAGUAGUAGCGAUCUCUGUGAUGCCAAAGGUUCGGUUGACGCCCUGCUCACUUCUCUAGUGACGCGCUUAUCUGAGGGAGGACACGACAGCCCAGAGCGCAAGUCUUCCGUAGAGCUUGCCUAUUCCUAUAGUGUGAUCACCUUGUUCCUUCUGUUACGUAUUCAUCUGGAGAAGCACAUCUUCAGCAGUGUUAUGGAUGACCUAUCAAACUACAAUGAGCAGGCCCAGCUAUUAGAGGGCGUAUUUGCGCCACUCGCGUACUGGAGCGGAGGUCAGCGGACAAAGUAUACCGACCUUUCAUCCUUCUGUCAUCCGUCACCUCUUCUCCACUGCACAUCAAUACUGUCUCAGGACUUUGCCUUUUCAUCUUGGGAUGUCCAUAAUGCAAUAGACCGUCUUCUUCUCUUCUUACGUGCUUCUCAGGAUGGAUUCAGCAUUGUUGGUCUUCCGGCAACAGAGCCCCCGACGCCGGGCUCUCUCUUUUCUGAUUCGUCCAUGGCAACCCGGCUGAGUGGCUGCUCUCGACUUUGCAUUCUUACCCGCGAGAGUGCAACGUCGUUCGUCGACGCUCGUUGCCUUGACCCUGCAAGCACUUAUUUUUGCUUUGCGGCACUUUCACUUAGUGGCGCUACGGCGUCAGAUACUGCGUUCAGGAUGGCGGCCGGGCCUCAGGAGGGUGUUGUUGGCGCAUUGGACUUUACACCCAUUAUUGCGCUGACAGCGGAGUCGCUCUCGGAGAGACCUGCAAAUUUCAUACUAAGCGGAGUCAACCCGGUGUUGGCAGACGCCGCAUUGUUCCAGCAGCGAUAUCUGCCACUGUCUUCGCCAUUUACUACGCCCGAGGUGUUUGGAAUGAGCAUCCGAUCCAUCAACGACAUUGCGGUGCGUCCCGAGGCCCCACCGCCUGGAGUGCCUGCCAGACUUCUGUGUGGGGGCAUCGCGAACCUUCAAGCGUACGAUCGCCUUGUUAACAAAGACACUGCUGAGCUCCAGCAGGAGGAUCACGACGCAAGCCCCAAACAGAACACGCGGACUGUCCUGAUUCAUGGGCAAAUUUCGCUCCCGGAGACCGUGGAGAAGAGGGUCGCCGCCGUCAGUAAGGCCGCUCUCCCGUUCACCACGCCUCUCGGGGUUGCGGCCUUCAUCGAGAAGGUCUACGGGGAGAGCCCGACACACCGGGUGCGGAUCGACACGUGGAAGGUUCCUCUCCCAGACAUCCGGUCUGUGUUCGACAAGGUCAAGCGGUACGACCCCGCGGGGGCGGUCCGAGAGGCGCCCCCGCACCUUCUCCAGCCGGUGGCGCAGCUGCCGACGAGCGAGCAGGCGGAGGCGGCCCUCGCCCUAGGCCCCACGGAGUAA